AUGUUUAGGCGCAUUCCCACGACCAGGGCCAGUCUCCGGCAGGGCUCGAGGGGUGUCUUUACAUAUGAAUUUACAGGAGCCGGAAGCAGUAGGGGAUGUCGGUCAGCUGGUGUACGGCGGCAGUUCUCAUCAUCCAGACAUUGGAGAAGCCAGGAAGAGCCCGGAAAGGAUGGAAGGGGGUCGUUCUGGUCACGGCUGGGGCCUGCACUCCGCAAGACCAAGAUUGAAUGGUAUCCCAUUCCUGUGGGCCUUGGAGUCGCAUUUCUCGGACUUGCUCAGUUCUACAAGUCCCAUCAGGCUGAGAAACAGAAGAUGUUGAUGGAGACGGAGCGCGGGGAGCGGCCUCAGGAGGUUGUCCCCCGGCAGCGAGUUCGUCCUACGGGCCCGUGGCAGGUCCAGGUCAUGUCUACAUUGCCAUUGAAGCUCGUUUCUCGCAUAUGGGGCCGGUUCAACGAGCUUGUAUUGCCGUACCCCCUUCGAGUUCCGGGAUUUAAGCUGUAUUCUUGGAUUUUCGGAGUGAACCUGGACGAGGUCGAAGAGACAGACCUUCACGUAUACCCGAACUUAGCCUCCUUUUUCUACCGGAGACUGAAACCAGGCGUUAGACCUCUGGACCCCAAUCCGUCUGCACUUCUCUCACCCUCUGACGGACGAAUCCUUCAGUUUGGAAUGAUCGAGCGUGGAGAGGUUGAGCAGGUCAAAGGGAUGACAUACAGCCUGGAGGCACUGCUGGGCCUGGGGACCGUAAGUCCAGACUCGGAGCCCGUCCACCCAACUACUCGGCCCAUGCAUAAAGUGGACGACGACACCGACCCCGAGAACCUGGCUGCAGACCAAGAGUUUGCUAAAAUGAACGGUCUGAGCUAUACGCUUCCUACGCUUCUCUCCGGAUCCACAAAACAUGACGUCAGUAAGGACGGAUCAAUGGAUGUGUCGAUGGAAUCCAGCUCUACGUCCGAAGAGAAAGUGAAAGCAGAUCUGGCAAAGGGAGAACCAGCAUGGUAUUCGCCGAAACCAACCUCCAACCGAGCACUGUACUACGUCGUGAUAUACCUCGCACCAGGAGACUACCAUAGAUUCCACUCGCCAGCGUCAUGGGUCGUUGAAAGCCGACGCCAUUUCGCAGGAGAACUAUAUUCAGUCUCCCCAUACCUUCAGCGCACCUUAGCGGGUCUUUUCACCCUCAACGAACGAGUUGUGCUGCUGGGUCGCUGGCGCUGGGGAUUUUUUAGCUUUACUCCAGUCGGCGCAACCAACGUCGGGUCAAUAAAGAUUAACUUUGACUCUGAACUUCGCACCAACAGCCUUACAACCGACACUGCUGCUGAUCGACAGGCAGCCCUUGCAGCCCAGCGAGGCGAGCCUUACUCCGGCUACACCGAGGCAACGUAUGGACACGCCAGCAAGACGCUCCGCGGCCAUGCCUUGCAACGAGGAGAGGAGAUGGGUGGCUUCCAGCUCGGCAGCUCGAUAGUCCUGGUGUUUGAAGCGCCCAUGGGCAGUCGCCAGAGCUUCGAUGUCUCAUGGACUGGUGAACGAGAGGGCGGAUGGCAGUGGCAUAUCAAAAAGGGCCAGCGAAUAAAGUACGGCGAGGCAUUGGGCGAAGUUGCAUAA